CAGUAGUAUGUUGAAGGUGCUGCUAAUUUACUGCGAAGUCCAUCACUGUCCAUGGAUGGCGGAAAUUUGGAAUCUUUCUUGCUGCUCUUUCUUUUCAAGAACUUCGAAAUAUGCAUCAAAGAACCGUUUGGUACACCGCACUUGAUACUCCGGGUAGAAGUACAAAGAACCGUUUGGUACACCGCACUUGAUACUCCGGGUAGAAGUACACAUUGCAGCAUCUAAGCACGAUUCGCUGGAAGCAAAUAUCGAUUCCAUUAAGAUUUUCAUUGCCGAUAUAUAAAAGUUCCUACUGCAUCCAGAUGAUUGUUCUACAAAUAGCUCAAGACAGACCAUCAAGAGCAACGCGCCGGCGCAACGAAAUUAUAUAGUUUUUUAAAAUCGCAUUUUACGUCGUAUUAGCAGCAACACGACGAGUCUAACAUCUGGACGGCUGCGAACGGAAGUGCUUCCAGCAGAGCCAGUGUAAUCCAUUGCGUACCCUUUUUUGUAUCGCUGUAGUGGUCAGCGUGUGCCUACAUUGAUUAUACUGUGGCUGUCGCAGGCGGCGCCAUGAGAAAGAAACAAUCAAGAAUAGUCGAACGAACAAAAUUUCUACUUAAGCAAAAAUUAAUAUGAACCGUACGUGGUUCGGCGAACAUAUUGUUUUUAAUGUUGGAUGGUCAUCCAGCAUUAUCUUUCAACGGGUGUUCGAUUGACUCGGAUGAUUAAUCGAUCUGCGAUCUCUUUGACAAUGAGAUUUAUGUUUAACUUUAUCAGCCCAGCAUUUCCUGCUUUUCUGGGCAGAGAUGGAUCAUGGAUGGCAUUUAUUCUUCUGAGCAAACUUUUACUUCGGUAAAGAUGUCCCCGCCUGUUUUGGCUUGCAAAACUGAACUGCUUAUGAAGCUAUCAUUGCUCAUCUACACUCUACAGAGUAGGAUGGGACUGAACAAUACACGGCGAUAACUGCGGCCUUAUCAGAUGCGAUUUACGUUCGAAAACUUAUCACACCUUUAACGCAGUGUCAUUGCAAGACUGCAACAGCAGCUUAACCAAAAAUCAGUCUACCGGAGAGGAGCACUGGUCAUCUGUCACUUCACUGUAGACUUGUCCCUUAUUUGGUCCUGGGUUGCAUGGUCGCAUUUAAGGAGUUUUCUGAUCGAGAUUCGGAAGUUUUAUGAAAGGAGCGGAAAUGACUACGUUUGCCGCACUGUUUGUUCUCGCUCUUGUCGGCUCAGCUACGGCCGCAGAGACCGAGGAAUCCUUCAGAAACUGGGUUCAUAAUGUGUAUGAUGUGGGAAUCAGUGCGCAUAUGGCCGCAGAAGUGGAAGCCAGUUGGAAUUAUGAAACCAAUAUCACAGACCACAACCAAGAAAUUAUGGUGGCUGCAUCUUCCCAAACCGCCAACUAUUCACAGUCUAUGUCGCAGUAUAUGAAAAGCACAUUCCAGCAUGUAAAGCCGGAGGACCCUUUACUUCAGCGCUUUUAUCGGAAGUUAGCGAUGAUCGGGGACGCGGCUUUGCCCGCUGAGCAGUAUGAAGAGCUGGCGAGGUUAAAGGCAAACAUGAGCCAAAUAUACUCUACCGCAAAAGUCUGUCGAUCGCCUCAAACGCCGCUUGCCAGUUGUAAACAAGAAGAACUUCUGGAUCUCGAACCGGGUAUUACUCGAGAAUUCGACAAUCCAGACACGCCGGAACAUAUACUGGCUCAUCUGUGGAAUGAAUGGCGCGAGCAAAGCGGCAAAAAGAUGCGAGACCAGUUUAUACGCUAUGUUGAACUUAAAAACGAAGCCGCUUGGAUUAACGGCUUCGAAAAAAAUAACGGCUUGGUCUGGAGAGCACCAUACGUCGAACCGCAAUUUAAUUAUACUGAUGCAGAUUUUGUCAACGAGGUCAAACGACUGUACGAUGAAGUCAAGCCUUUGUAUCAACAGCUCCAUGCCUACGUUCGAUCAAAGCUCGCACAGAAGCACGGACCAAUACGAUCUUUACAUGAUCCAUUGGGACCAAUUCCGGCACAUCUGUUAGGUAACAUGUGGGCACAAUCUUGGUUGGGUACCCUUGGCUUUACUCAGCUGUAUCCGGAAUUGCCUAAACUCGACGUAACCGAGGAAAUGAAGCGCCAAAAUUAUACUGCCCGCAAAAUGUUUGAAAUCUCCGACAAGUUUUUCACGGACCUUAACCUGACAGCAAUGCCUCCUUCAUUUUGGGACGAUUCGAUGAUUGAAAAGCCUGCUGACGGGCGCGACGUUACGUGCCAUGCUUCGGCUUGGGAUUUCUACAAUGCCAAAGAUUUCCGGAUUAAGCAGUGCACGGAUAUUACAAUGCAGGAUCUCUUCACUGUUCACCAUGAAAUGGGCCAUGUCGAAUACUUCCUGCAGUACAAGCAUCAGCUUGUGACUUUCCGCGAUGGGGCCAACGAUGGGUUCCACGAAGCAAUUGGAGACGUGUUAGCACUAAGUGUGUCCACUCCUGACCACUUGAAAAAGAUUGGACUUUUGGCUAACGACACCACGCGCGCUAACCGAAUGGAAAAUGACCUCAACUUCCAGUUUUCUACGGCUUUGGAAAAAAUAGCCUUUUUACCUUUCGGGCUCAUGCUUGAUAUGUAUCGGUAUGACGUCUUUGCCGGUAUCAUUAAGCCGGAAGAACUCAACGCCAAGUGGUGGGAAUACGUGGUCAACUAUCAAGGUAUUUGCGCGCCAAGUCCACCGCGAGGUGAAGAGUAUUUUGAUGCUGGCGCUAAAUUUCAUGUUCCCGCUGACGUCCCGUACAUGAGAUACUUCGUUAGUUUUAUUAUCCAGUUCCAGUUCCACAAAGCCCUAUGCGAAAAAGCUGGUCAUACUGGGCCUUUGUACACUUGCGACAUUGAUGGCAGUAAAGAAGCCGGAAAGGCAGUGGCCGAUGCUUUGAAACUGGGAUCUACCCAACCAUGGCAGGAAGCUAUGCGCAUACUGACCGGCAGCACUAUUAUGGAUGCGCGGCCACUUCUGGAAUUUUUCGAGCCUCUUUACAGGAAGCUCCAGGAACUGAAUAAGAAUAACCAAGUGGGAUGGAAAAAUCAGCCAUUCUGCGAGAGCGGCGCAUCUGACACCUUCAAAGCUUACGUGUAUACUGACUACAAUCCACGUGCGCAAGAAGUGACCUUUGCAUCGGUUGAGGCAUCGUGGAAUUACAAUACCAACAUCACGGAUUACAACAGAGAAAUCAUGAACGCUAAAGCCGAAGCGAGUGCGAAAUUCGACCAAGAUGAAGCGCGAAGAAUCAAACAAGAAUUUUCCAACGUUACCCAAACAGGAGAUUUCACCAGCAAGCGGCUUUAUGACAAAUUGACCAAACUUGGUGAUGCUGGUCUACCGAGUGAUAAGUUCACCGAACUUCAGUAUCUCGGAACCAACAUGACGGAGAUCUAUUCGACCGCAUUGGUCUGCCGCAACCAGAGCAUUACCAAUAUCCAAGAGUGCCCUAAAGAGCAGCAGAUGGCUCUGGAACCCCAUAUCACUCAAGAGUUGUCUACAAGUCGGGAUCCGGAUUUUCUUCUGUACUUGUGGAAGGCUUGGAGAGAUGCCAGUGGCAAGAAAAUGCGCCCGUUCUACGAACGAUAUGUUGUCCUGAAAAAUGAAGCCGCGGUAUUGGAUGAGUACGCUAAUAAUGCUGAAGCCUGGAGGUCACCUUAUGUCGAGCCCAGCCUGAAUUAUAACGACACCAAGUUCUUGGAAGACAUUGAUCGUGUCUGGAUUCAACUGGAACCGUUGUAUAAAACUCUGCAUACGUUUGUGCGUCGCAAGUUAUGGCAGCAAUAUCCUACGGCUAAAAUUAAUCCACGUGGUCCCAUUCCCGCCCAUCUCUUAGGUAAUAUGUGGGCGCAGACAUGGGGCGCCAUCCAAAACUUUACCCAACUGUACCCCAACAAAGAGCCACUAGAUGUCACUCAAGCCAUGGCUGACCAAGGCUACACUCCUCGCUAUAUGUUCAAUGUAUCCGAUAAAUUCUUCACCGAUUUGGGCUUGGAACCAAUGCCUCAGAGAUUCUGGGAUUAUUCUAUGUUGGAAAAGCCAGAAGGUCGCAAUGUAACCUGCCACGCGUCGGCUUGGGAUUUCUACAAUCAACAGGAUUUCCGUAUAAAACAGUGUACUGCCGUUACGAUGGACGAUUUCAUCACCGUACACCACGAGAUGGGACACGUUGAAUACUACCUACAGUAUAAACACCUCCCAACUCCAUUCCGUCGAGGAGCCAAUGACGGAUUCCACGAAGCUGUUGGUGAUGUACUAUCACUGAGUGUUUCCACACCGGCACAUUUGAAGAAGAUUGGUCUGCUUCCCCCCAACACUCCAACGAAUGAUAACCAGCUGGAUCUUAAUUUCAUGUACUCCACUGCUUUGGAAAAGAUUGCAUUCUUGCCCUUCGGUUUAAUGAUGGAUAUGUAUCGAUACGACAUUUUUAGCGGCAAAAUCACAUCACUGAAUUAUAAUACGAAGUGGUGGGACUACCGGCUGAAAUACCAAGGCAUCUGUGCCCCAGUUAAUCGAUCGGAGGGUGAUUUCGAUCCUGGUGCGAAAUAUCACAUUCCUGCGGAUGUCCCUUACAUGCGGUAUUUCGUCAGCUUUGUCAUCCAGUUCCAGUUUCACAAGGCACUGUGUGCGGCUGCUAACCAUACGGGACCGCUUUAUCAGUGCGAUAUCGACGGUAACAAAAAUGCCGGUAAACUUUUGGGGGAUGCGUUGAAAAUGGGUUCAUCUAUGCCGUGGCAGGACGUUAUGGAAACAAUUACCGGAAGCAGAGAAAUCGAUGCCAGACCACUCAUUGAGUUCUUCGAACCUUUGACACGGCAUUUGCAGGCCAUCAACGAUGCCAACCAAGACCAAGCUGGAUGGAGCGAAGACCCGAUAUGCGUACCCUUCGAUGGGACAUAUCCCGCAGACCAAACCACAACAACGACCACAUCCAUACCAACUACACCGAUGGUCACCAGCACAGCAGUGCCUGUUGGUAGUACAACAACAUCGCCUGUUGUGGGUAGCAAUACAACACAACCGAUUGGAUUGCCUACAACAACAGUUGCGACAGGAACGGAUCCUACGCCAGGUGGCGGCGUAUCAUCGGUUGUUCCAUCGUUACUAGCUCUAUUGGUCCUCACAUGGAUCGCCAUGGCGAAUCAGUUUUAAUAAUUUUUAAGUUUGUCGCGGUCAAGUUGACCUCCGAUAUUUUCGUGAUAGUUCCUUUCUGUACAGUUUAUUUUGUUAAGUGUGGUGAAGUUUGGCAACUAGCUUAAUUAUCUCAGAGUUUCUAUUCGUUGAGUUUUACUCUUUUUUUUGUCAUAUAUUGUGCUGACGCUCUAAUACUGGUAAACAUGAUAUCAAAAGAAGGACGUCAAAAGGUGAAGUCGAAGAA